AUGCCCCAGUCAUAUACCAGUUCUUCAUUUUAUUAUAGUUCGUCAACCAAUGCGAACGAGGGGACUACCACAAGCGGCCACCGAUACUCAACCACUUCUCAUACCGAACCCGAUGGGACUACGACCGUACUUACGGCGCAUCAAGAUCUGGGCGAGGCUCCUGUGAUCGAGGAACGAAAAUAUGAUCGUACCGGCGAGGAACAGCUUGAGCUUGAAUUACCCGGGCCCGGGGGUACUUCUGCUGGAGGCGUGAAACGCAUUACCGACCUUGAAGAAGAGGACAUGUAG